AUGUAUGCUUGGGGGCACGAUCAUCUGAAAGCACUUUCAAAGUCGCAUCACGACUGGCUUGGUCUCGGUCUGACAAUCGUCGAUUCACUGUCAACUGCGAUCAUUAUGGGCCUUGAUGACGAGUUUGAGGAGGGCCGUAAUUGGGUGGCCAAUUCACUGUCGUUCCAACAGAAUCGUUUUGUGAGUUUCUUCGAAACGACGAUACGCGUGCUUGGCGGUUUACUGAGUGCGUUUCAUUUGAGUGGUGAUCCGAUGUUUGUUGAACGUGCGCGAGAUCUGGGCAAUCGUCUUUCGGUGGCUUACGAUUCAUCAUCGCCAAUUCCAUACAGUGACGUGAAUCUGCUAAAUCGGUUUGUUUUAUUGUACUUUUAA